AUGAUUCGAGGAAUGAACGCGUUUAAAAUUAAUUUAAAAAAAUUAAUUCAAUUUUAUCAAUUUUCACAAUUUUCAUUUGGUUAUAGCACCAUUACAAAUAAUUUUAGUCAUAGAAAUUGUUUGUCAAAGACUUUUCUUCCAACUACCAAAGAUGUUUCAAGUUCAAAAGAUGAUACUGUAAAAGGAGAGAGUCACCAAUUGAUGAUUCGUGCUGGUCUUAUAAGGCAGUCUUCAUCAGGUGUUUACUCUUUACUUCCAUUUGCAUUACGAUCACUUGAAAAAUUAGAAAAGAUUGUUGAUCAAGAAAUGAAGAAUAUUGGUGGACAAAAAUUAUCUCUUCCAAUAUUAUUAAGUGCUAAUACAUGGAAGAAAACAGGUCGAUGGGAAACUGCUGGUGCUGAGAAUAAUUUAUUAAGAUAUAUAAUUUCAGGUAGGAAAUAUCGUGAUGAAAUGCGACCACGUUCAGGAUUACUUCGUGGACGUGAAUUUAUUAUGAAAGAUUUAUAUACAUUUGAUACUACAGAAGAAUUGGCUUUAAAAACUUAUGAGGAAGUAAUUGAAGCAUAUAAAAAGAUUCUUAAGAAUAUUGGACUUCCAUUCUCUAUAGCUGAUGCAGAUACAGGAAAUAUUGGUGGCUUAAAAUCACAUGAAUUUCAUUUUUUAUCUGGUGUUGGAGAAGAUUUAAUAUUAUCUUGUUCAAGAUGUGGAUAUUCUUCCAAUGAAGAACGUGCGAUAGGAAUUAUUCCUGUAUCAAAUUCAUCAGAUUUAAAUUUGGACAAAAUACCAUCAAUUAGAUAUGGGAUUGACAAAGAUCAAAGGCUUUCUGCAAUAAUUUUGGGUAAUGAAAGAGAAUUAAAUGCAUUAAAGUUAAAAGCGCAUUUAGGUAAAAAUCAAAUAGAAAUAUUACCCAAAGAUAUCCAAGAACUUCCUGAAAUUGAUGAAAUUUUAGGUUUAGAUUUAUAUGUAGAUAAAACAUUUUCACUAGAUAUUCCCGAUUUGGAUUUACUCAUGAAAAACAAAACAAUUAAUAAUAAUAACAUUCUCCCAAGAAUUAUUCAGAAAUUAAAUCAGAAAAGUCAAUCCGAAGGAACUAUUAAAAUUUACCAAGGCGAUUUUCAUAAUACCAAAUCUUGUGAUGGUUGUCCUGUGUGUUAUAAUAAUGAUAAUAAUUUAACGAUAGAUCAAAAUUUUCAUCCUUUGAUAAGUAAUCGAGCUAUAGAAAUUGGACAUACAUUUCUUUUGGGUACUAAAUAUUCAGAACCUUUAAAAGCAACUUAUGCAAUAGAAAAUUUUAAAUCACCUGGUGAAUUACUUCCAAUUCAAAUGGGUUGUUAUGGUUUGGGAAUUUCUAGAAUAUUUGCAUCAAUUAUUGAGAUUUCACAUGAUAGAAAUGGAAUAAUAUGGCCGAUAUCAGUUGCACCAUAUAAAGUUUGUAUUAUUCAAAGAACUGAAGAUUCAAGAAUUAUUGAAAUGACACGAUCAUUAUAUGAUUUAUUGAAUUUAAAUUGUGAAGGAUUAAAUGGAGAAGUAAUAAUUGAUGAUCGAAUAAAUUUAUCUUUUGGAUAUCGAAUUAAAGAUGCAGAAUUGGUCGGUUAUCCUUGGGUGAUAGUUUUAGGGAAUAAAUAUUUAGAAAAUAAUAAGAUUGAGAUAAAUGAACGAUGUAAUAAGCAACGAAAUUAUAUAGAGUUUGAAAAGAUUAAAGAAUCUAAAUUUUGGUUAUAA